GUUUAGGACGGUACUAAACCAAGUGAAACAAAAUGUCUGGAAAGGUCUUAAUAUUCGUUUGCUUCGCAAGCACCGUGGCCGCAGUUUUAAUCAGACCAAGUGGGAACAAGGGAUCGGACGUUGACAUCAACAGCCCUAAAGGUUGGCAAAUGGUGAGGACGUAUCAUCCGCCGAGCUCUCACGACUACUACAAAUAUGACUCUUAUUUUACGUAUCCUAAAUAUAACUUCGAGUAUUCGGUGUCGGACAAGAAGACGGGUGACCACAAGCACCACAGGGAGUCCAGGGAUGGUGACCGCGUGCGAGGGGAAUACAGUCUGGUUGAAGCGGACGGGUCCCUGCGCAAAGUGGAGUAUGACGCCGAUGACCAUAACGGGUUUAAUGCAGUUGUCAGUAAAAGCAUCAAUAUGCACGGAGAUCACGCGGUUUCCUACAGUGGUCACGCUAGACAUUUUUAUCCUGUUGGUCAUGGCAUUAAAAUUAACCACUAUUUCCCUGGAAAGGAUUACAAAUACCAUGAAACACCAAACGCGGUUAAUGAAAUCGUUGAGGAAAAUAAGCCUGCAAAUGAGGUUACGUCUGAAAAAUCUGAGGAUACUAAAAAUGAAGGCGAUGAUAAGGUUUCUGUAGUCGAAAAAGUAGGAGAAAAGGAAAUGCAACCAGCUGUUAAGGUAGAAACUGAAGAAACUCCAGUCAAAGAAAUGCCCGCCGUUGUAUCAAUGAUGAUACAAAACGCUCCGUCCGGUGAAAUGCCAGCCGCAGAAGGCAUGGUCUUAAUACCAGUUUCCGCAGAAUCCAUUGAUACCAUCUCAAAAGAACCUGUGUCGGUAACCGAAGAACCAGCAAGUAAGAAAGAGAAUUCUAUGUCAGACUCUGAACAGGCUUCCUCAUAUUACCACUCAAGAAUUUACUUUGUAAGAUAUUAAUAAA